CUAUGGUGUAUGCCAUAGAUGAUCCUCCAGGAGAGAGGUGUAGUGAAGAGAGACAUAUGUUUGAGUGUUUGUGUUGUUUGACUGAAGCGUGGUCGAAGUGCAUGUUUACAAUUAACCAAGUGGAGAGCGUAUGUUGAACAGCGACAUUUCUGCAAAAUGAGUUUGGGUAAACAAAAAGUUGAACAUUUAGUCGCUGACACUAACACUUUCAUAAAAAAUUCAUCUCUGCAAGACGUAGCUGCCAACGUAUAUACUGUGCAGGACGUACUUGAUGAAAUUACAAAUAAACGCCAACUGCGAAACUUAGUAGUGUUGCCCUAUAAUGUGGUUGUGAAGGACGUUUUCACUGAAAAUGUUAAGUUUGUUACUGAAUUUUCGAAGAAGACUGGGGACUACACAAGUCUUUCUGCUACAGACAUAAGAGUUAUAGCACUGACAUAUCAAUUAGAAAAAGAGGUAGUGGGAUCUGACCACCUGAAGCAGCAACCACAAUUUAGUUGUGUUAUCAAUACUGCGAAAAAAGCACCAGAUGAUUGUACAAAACUCCCAGGAUUUUACGUGCCCAAAAAGAUGGGCCAUAACUCACCCAAUGAAUCUGAUGAUUCCACUGAUUCUUAUAUUGAUGAGAGGAAUGAUGGUGGUAAUGAACAAAUCACAAAUAUUUCUGCGGCUCUACAAGAAGAAGAAAGUAAUUUAAGUAAAACUAAGAAACCUUGUGAAAAUACUGUUUUGAUGGACUGCUCUACAGAGCAGCUUCAAAGCAAUGAGGAGAGACAUACAGAGGGCAGUAAAAUGUCUUCAUCUGUUACAACAGAAAACAGUUGCACAGAGACCACUGAUGAAACAAAUAACUACAGAAAAAAUUCCUGUGGAGAUUCAGUGGAAGAUCAAGAAAAGUUCCAUAGCUGGCGUGAUUCCCAUGCUGAUGGCAGUGAAGAUAGCCCUGGAGAGGAAGGGUAUGAUACUGAUGAUGAUGAUGAUUAUAUUGAUGAUGAUGAGGCAGACUGGAUUACUCCAGAGAAUAUUGAUGAAAUAAAAAGAUCUACUGGUGGCGGUGACCUAGAAAGCAAGCCCGUCUCUGUUGCUUGUAUUACAUCUGAUUUUGCUAUGCAGAAUGUUUUGAAACAAAUUGGCCUGAAUGUGUUAUCCAUCGAUGGUCGUCUGAUUCGACAAACUAGGACAUUUGUUCUCCGCUGCUAUGCAUGCUUUAAAAGAACCAGCAUUAUGACAAAAGUAUUCUGCCCUCAUUGUGGCAACAGGACAUUGAAGAAAGUGGCUGUAACUCUAAAAGAAGAUGGCACUCAGGAAAUACAUAUCAACACAAGACGACCCCUCUCAGGAAAAGGGAAACGGUUCUCAAUUCCAAGGCUCAGAGGUGGAAAGCACUCAAAUGAUCCAAUCUUGUGUGAGGAUCAGCCUGUUCCACAUCAGCGACCAUCACGUUUGGCUUGCAAGAAAAAUGAUCCCUUGGAUCCAGAUUAUAUUGCAGGCUAUUCACCUUUUGUUAUGCGUGACAUAACUUCCAAAUCAGCUGUGCUAGGAAUCAGAAAUGGGAAUUUGAAGAAUUACUUCAGAAGGAGUGAAGUUAAUAAACCAAAGCGAAGGAAGUAGUGAUUUCUAACUUGCAUUGUGUUUCUUGUGUCAUUUCUAAAUAUGUGUUACUUGCUCAGUUUGGCUGAGCACUCAGUGUAUAAACUGGUUUUGUUUAUUAAAAACAACGGGAAUAAU